UGAAGCUGAGCGGCAUGGCUGUGCAGCGUCGGUCUUUAAGCGAAGAAUUGAACAAUCAGUUGAACUGAAAGAAUCAUUUUUUUAUUUUGCUUUCUGUCUACACCAGGAAAUACCGUUACUUUCUUUCCCACAAUCCGUCCGGAUAGUGACGUGUUUUUUGUGGUUGUUUGCGGGGGGUAGCUAGAGCUGUCACAAGCAUCCCAAGAAUAGGAGAAGGCUACGAAUAUCAAGAUGCAUUCAUUGACCAAGAAUCUCAUCUGACAAGAACAUUGGGAGGUUAUUGAUAGUUUUUAUAGAUGAUAUCCUCCACAACAGCGGCACUUCUAUAAUUUAUCCUGCAGUGAUACCCAGCAAGGUGGCAGGAAUGCCCACUGUCCUCACACUAGCUGGGUUGAUUCUGGCUCUGACCAUCCCAAGUACCAGGCCUGAGUUGGCUGAGCUGAGGUUCCUGGGACAGACAGACUUUGUGGUCCCCGAGAGGAACGACACCAUAGUUCGCCUGGUGGUGGAGAGGACCGGAGACCCGGUCAACGUGACCGCAUUGAUUCUGUUAGAGGGAUAUGACACAAAGGACUUCAUAGGCAACUCAGCUGCAGUCCACCUACAGUCCUCCGAGGCCAAUAAGACCAUCCACAUCGCCGUCAGGGACGAUGAACUGCCUGAAGCCGAUGAGACCUUUGUCUUCAGCCUACAGCUACAGGGCUCCUCCAAUGGCGUGAAACUGGGGACGCCCAACAAAGCCUAUAUCACCAUCCUUUCCAAUGACAACGCCUUUGGAAUCAUCUCCUUCAACUCCACUACCCAGAUUGUUGUGGAUGAGCUUAAAGGGAGGAACCAGUAUGUGCCUCUUAGCCUGGUCAGAGAGAAGGGGACAUAUGGGACAGUGACAGUCAACUUUGAGAUCUCUGGAGGCCCUAACCCGGCCCUAGAAGACCUCAGCCCAGACCAAGGCAACAUCACCAUCCACCCUGGACAAGCUGUGGUGAACUUCAGCAUCCUCAUCCAGGAUGACCAGAUCCCAGAGGAUGAUGAGGUGUUCUCCGUCAGGCUGACAGGAGUGGCGGGGGGGGCUGUCCUCAACCCCAACUGCAGCAGCGUGGAGCUGAAGAUCCGGCGCAACGACAGCCCGCUGCGCUUCUCCCAGUCCUUGUUGACAGUGGCCGAGAACGCCGGGCUCAUCUCCCUGACGGUUACCCGAGGUCGCCUGGACGACGCCGGCCGCCCGGUGGGCUCCGACGACACGGAGGUGUCCGUGGACUACGUGGUCGUCAGCGGCAACGGUCCGGGCAGCGCCAAUCUGACGCGGGACUUUGCGGACGUGCAGGCGGUGCGAAUGGUGACGUUUCCCCCGCGGGUCUACGAGGCGCAGCUGUUCUUCAGAAUCAUCGACGACAAGGAGCCAGAGAUCGCAGAGUCGUUCCAGGUGAUGCUGCUGGAGGAGACGAUCAGGGGGGACGCGGUGGUGGUCUCGCCAAACGCUGUCCUGGUCGUCAUCGAGCCCAACGACAAGCCCUACGGGGUCCUGUCAAUCAGUAGCAGCCCUUACGCUCAGCCAGUCAUCAUCGACGAGGAUGUGACGGGCAGAUUUGACGGUAUCUCCAUCGUGCGGAACGGCGGGAACUACGGCGAUGUCUCAGUCAACUGGACCAUCAGUCGGAAUUCCAGCGACCGCGCCGCCGUGUCAGACGACCUGAGCCCGGAGAGGGGCAGGCUGCAGUUCUCGGCGGGUCAGAUGAGUGCGGUUCUGCCAUUAAACAUUACCUCGGACAAGGUCCCGGAGGAGGCUGAGGCCUUCCUCCUCAGACUGCUGCCAGACACGGUGACAGGAGGGGCUGAGCUGGAUGAGCCUACGGAGAUGGUGUUUUACCUCCAGGACAGCGACGACGUCUACGGCCUGUUUCUCUUCCAUCCUGAGGAGAACCAGACCAUCCAGAGUCGGCCGGACGGACGCCUCCUGUCCCUCAGCUUCCUGCGGCAGGGGGGCACCCUGGGGGAGGUGGCCCUGGCCCUCACCGCGCUCUACAUCCCCGCGGGGCCCGUGGACCCCAGGCUGGCCCGGGAGACUGUGCUCAACGGGAGCCGCUCCAGCACUGUGCGUUUUCAUCAGGGCCAGAACCUGGUCAGAAUCACCCUACCGAUCCGCAACGACGCCUUCCUGCAGAACGGGGCCCACUUCUUCAUCCAGCUGGACAGCGUGGACCUUGUCGAUAUCAGCCCUCCGAUCCCGCCCCUGAGUCCUCGCUUCAGCGGGGCCCUGAACCUCACCCUAACAGUCACCCCCGACAUCGCAAACGGCGAGAUCGGCUUCACCAGUAACACCACUGUGGUGGCGUAUGAGCCAGAGGACACCAACACUAGCACGGUGACCCUUAACCUGCGGCGGGAUGGGACAGACGGUCAGGCCCAGGUGUUCUGGAGCCUUCGACCAAUCGGAGCCAACCAGGCUGAUGUGACCCUGGGUGACCUGAAACCGCUGAAUGGCUCAGUGGUGUUCCGGACUGGACAGAGUGAUGCAGUCAUCAACCUCACUAUCAUGGCUGAUGACGUCCCAGAGGUCAACGAGAUCCUCCUCCUCACCUUAGACAGGACCAACGUUGAGAACCAAAUCCUGAAGCCUGGAUUCACCAGUCGAGAGAUAGUCAUCAUGGAAAAUGACGAUCCUGGUGGAGUCUUUGAGUUCUCACCCCUCUCCAGAGGACCCUGGUACAUCAACGAGGGCGAGGCUGUGGAGCUGCGUGUGGUCCGCGCGCAGGGACAGCUGGUCAAACAGCUGGUGCACUAUGCCCUCAUGCCCUCGGGCAAUGAGGAGUUCUACGGUGCCACGGGCAUCCUGGAGUUCAACCCGGGCGAGAGAGAGGUCCUGGUGGCGCUGGUAGCACGACCCGAUGGGAUCCCAGAGCUGGAUGAGACAUUCUCAGUGGUACUUAGCAGCUAUAGUACUCCACCCAGUCGCCUUGGCAACCACCGAGAGGUCAACAUCACGGUGCGCAGGAAUGACGACCCCUUCGGGGUCAUUGAGUUCAUGCGGUCUGGACUGACAAAGACCAUCGAUGAGAGCAAAGGCUCCCAGUCUUAUUCAGCGGUGUUUCCCGUGGCGAGGAACCGAGGAGGCUUCGGGGAGGUGUCUGUAUCCUGGGUCCUGGAGCCCAACUCGUCAGUGGACGUCAGCCCCGUUCAGGGAUACGUUUUGUUUGGCGAAGAGGAGUACCUGAAAAACCUCACCCUCUUCUCUCUGCCAGAUGAGAUCCCGGAGGACAUGGAGAAUUUCACCAUCACUCUCCUGAAUGUGAUGGGGGGAGCAAGACUUGGAAACAUGCUCCACGCUAACUUGCAUAUAAACAAAAAUGAUGACCCAAUUUACUUUGUCGAACCUGUGCUUGUCAGGGUUCGGGAAGGUGGCUCGGCUAACUUCACCGUUCUGAGGGCCGGUCUGGCCGACUUUGUCGCCACGGUGAUGUAUCGCGUGGACUAUGGCGAGGCGUCACCAGGUGACUUGGCCAUGCUGAGUGACAGCGGUCUGCUGGUGUUCGAUGUGGGAACAUGGACGAGGAACAUUUCUGUAGCCGUGGUGGAGGACGACAUACCCGAGACCGAUGAGCCCCUCUACAUCAUCCUCUACAACUCCACAGGUGAUACCGUUGUGUAUGGGGCGACCACAGCGACUGUUGUGAUUGAGGCCAACGACGAGGCCAACGGAAUAUUCUCCCUGGAAUCCACAGAGAAACGUGUGGAGGAGGGCAAGACCAACAUCUUCCACGUCAUCAGGAGCCGAGGCCACUUUGGCAGUGUGACGGUGUUCUGGGGCCUGUACGUCAAUGACACAGCUUUGACGCCCGGCCAGGAGUUUGUCAACACCUCUGGCUCAGUCACCUUUACCACAGGAGAAAAUACCAAGCCCAUUAUUCUGGAAGCCAUUGCGGACAAACUUCCUGAGUUCAAUGAGUUCUACAUUCUCAAGCUCACUGGCAUCUCAGGUGGUUAUCCCGGAGAAGGUGGCCGAUUGGCCAAUCAUUCCCUAAAUGCCUCCGUUCUCAUUCCCUUUAACGAUGACCCAUUUGGAUUGUUCACUAUUGCCAAUGAGAACCUGGACCAGGAAGUUGCUGAGGAUGUCCUGUCAGAAGAGGACAUGUCUGAUGUCACUUCCUUCACCAUCCUGCGGCAACAGGGCACCUUUGGAGAGGUGCGGGUUGCUUGGGAAAUUCUCUCCGGACUUUUUCCUCUUGGCCUCCCUCCAAUGCAAGACCUCCUCCUCAGCACCUCCUUCCCCAAGGAAGUGGAGCUCAGGCCGUAUGCCAGGAGACACCACUCGGGCACUGACGCUUGGUUCUUCUCAGGCCUCCAGGGCGCCUAUGGCACCAUCAGUCCAGAGGACUGGGCCAGCAAACUGGCUAACUUCACCUUCUCAGCCUGGCUGGUACCCAGACCGGACACCGACGGCUUCAUUGUGUCCAAGGGAACCAAGAAUGGGACACUGUGCUACGGGGUGAAGGUCCAGACCAAUGAGUCCCAUGUGAGUGUGAUGCUGUUUUACACUGCCCUGGGACUCUCCAAGACCCAAGUGGCCUGGGCCACAGCGCAGAGGUUUGUGGAGGACAACGUUUGGCUUCAUGUGGUGAUCACGGUGUAUGAUGGGAUUAUCGAGUUCUUCCUGGAUGGGAACCCCAUGCCCGGAGGGGUCAGGAGUCUCAAAGGGGAGGCCAUUGAUAAUGCUUCAGGUCAGGUGCGGAUCGGCUCAGACCCGUAUGGGGAGCUGCGAUACACAGGCCUCCUGCAGGACGUCCGCCUCUAUCACAGCAGACUGAACCGCUCCGAGAUCCAUGAGCUCCACGCGCAGCCCGCCAAAGCGGACCUGAGAAAUGUCUCCGGCUACCUGCAGUACUUUCCGGGCGAGGACCAGAAGGCUUUUGUGGUGGAGGUGAGGGAUGACAAGGAGGAGGAAGGGGAGGAGGUGUUCCACCUACAGCUGGUGGCCGUCCACGGAGGGGCGCGACUCCCCCUGCCCCGCCCCACCGCCACCCUGCGUGUCAUGAAGAGCGACAACGCCAACGGGUUAUUUGGCUUCACCGGGCCUUGCAUACCGGACACGUCAGAGGAAGGCUCCACCAUGUCCUGUGUUGUAGAGCGAACACAUGGGGCUCUGGAUCAUGUCUACCUCAACUACACUGUCACUCAGCUCAACUCCACCAGCAAUGUUCUGGCCCACCAGGACUUUGCCAAUGCCAGUGGGUCUGUGCUCUUCCUGCCUGGCCAGCGCUCUGAGGUCCUGAACCUGCUGGUGCUGGACGAUGGCACCCCCGAGUUAGCGGAAUCCUUCCAGGUCAACCUGGUGUCAGCGGAGUCGGGUGACGGGAAGCCGGGCGCCACCCCCACCAGUGGGGCCAGCGUCGACCCGAACAACUCAGCCACUACCGUCACCAUCACGGCCAGUGACCAUCCCUAUGGCCUGUUCCAGUUCCAUGCCAGCAUGCCGGCUGAGGGCAUGAUUCGCCCGGCAACAGAGCCUCCGCACGUCACGGUCAACGAGGAGGACGGUGUGAUUCGCUUGCUGGUGGCCCGGGCCCAAGGCCUGCUGGGAAGAGUCAUGGUUGGCUACAGGACCAACGGGACCUCCGACGGCCCUGAGUACUAUAAAGACUCUCAUGGCGUGUUGGAGUUCUUGGAAGGAGAACGUAUCAAGUACAUCAGUGUGACUAUCAUCGACAACUCUGUGCCUGAGCUGGAGAAGGAGUUCAGGGUGGAACUCUACAAUCCUGAAGGAGGAGUGUCCGGGUUCCUUUGGGGUGAAGGCAGUGGCAGUGGGGAAAGUGACACUGACUUCUUCCUCCCGUUCCCUCACCAUCGUGCCAGCUUGGGUGUGGCCUCCCACAUCACGGUGACCAUUGCUGCCUCCGACGACGCGCACGGAGUCUUCCAGUUCAGCCAGACUUCUCUGUCUGUAAAUGGUACAGAGCCUGAGGCGGGACGCAGCACUGUUCUCCUGCAGGUGGUGCGGUCUUUCGGGGCCCUGUCCAACGUCACCUUAUUCUGGGAGGCCGAGGCCGACUCUGUGGAUAACCUCAUCCACAGGGUCGGGAACAUUCCCUUCCUGGUGGGCCAGACCAUGGGGGAGAUUAAGCUUCAGGUGCCCGAGGACGAGGUCCCUGAGCUGGACAGGAGCUUUGGCGUGUCCCUGGUCAACGUCUCCCAUGGGCGUCUGGGUGUCAGGGCCAGGGCCACGGUUACCGUGCUGGCCAGUGACGACCCGUACGGAGUGUUCGUCUUCUCAGAGAGCAGCAGGCCGGUCCGCCUGGCCGAGGCCGACGCCCUGGUCACCCUGACAAUCCACAGGCAGAGGGGGAUGAUGGGAAGGGUGCGCGUGACCUAUGGAACCCUGAGUGAGGUCGACGCCGCUCCUUUCACGACCCCGGGGGUGGGCCGGGCCAGCGAGGGCAACGACUUUGUACCCCUCCUGGAGUUCGUGGUGUUCGCAGCCAAUCAGACUGAGGCUAAUGUUACCCUUCACGUGCUAGAUGACAAAGAACCCGAGAGGGACGAGUCCAUAUUCGUGGAGCUGAUAAGUGUCAGUCUUAUAGACAAACAGCAGGAGCGACCGAUCGACCAGUCUCCUCGUCUGGGUUCGAAGGCCGAGGUCGUGGCGCAGGUCAUUGUGGAGGCCAGCGAUGAUGCGUUCGGGUACCUGCAGCUCUCCGCCCCGGCGGUCAGUGUGGCUGAGAACUACGUCGGGCCCAUCAUCAACGUCACCCGGAUCGGUGGCAUUUUCGCCGACGUCUCGGUCAAGUUCAGGGCCGUGCCGGUGACUGCCAGAGCUGGCGAUGAUUACAGCGUGGCGUCCUCCGACGUGGUUCUGUUGGAGGGAGAGACCAGUAAACCCGUCCCCAUCUACGUUAUCAACGACCUGGUUCCUGAGCUGGAGGAGACCUUCCGCAUCGAGCUGCUCAACGUCACCACGGGGGGCGCUAAACUGGGGGCACUCACUCGCACCGUCGUUACCAUCCUGCCUUCUGACGACCCUUUCGGAGCCUUCGUGUUUCAGGCUGCUCCUGUGACCAUAGAAGAGCCGGGCGUGGGCUCCGUCCCGGUGCUGCUGCCCAUCGCCCGUAACGCUGGCAACAUCGGCACGGUGGCCGUCCAGUGGCGUGCCACGGUCAACGGAAGAGCGGCUGCGGGCGACCUUCGCCCUGUGUCUGGCGAGGUCGUCUUCGCGCCGGGGGAAACCAUGAAGCCGCUGAAAGUCGAAGUCCUGGCGGACGAUGUGCCGGAAAUUGAAGAAAUAAUCAAGGUGGAAUUGACAGGUGCCACAAAUGGAGGAAGCAUUGGAGGAGACAGUGCUGUCAGUAUCAUCGUCCCAGCCAAUGACAACCCGUAUGGAACGGUCUUCUUCGACCAGGCUGUAUAUCUUGUGCAGGAACCUCUGGAGGGAAUUUUCAUGGCCAACGUCACUGUCCGUCGAAGCGGUGGUCAUUUUGGCCGGGUGGAGGUCUUCUACAGCACCGCGGAGAUAGACGUGGUGGGCACGGCUCAGGAGGAGGGCCAGAACCUGCUGUCGUACUACGACCGCCCAGUGCCUGGGAUACCCUCUGCCCCUGGGAAGCCCGUCAACAUCAGCUCCCAGGGAGACGCCCUGGCUGACUGUGCUGCAGCCUGCCUGAGGGAGCCUUCCUGCCAGGCCUUCUCCCUGUCCCUCGUGGCCUCCUGCACCUGGGUGACCGGCUCGGCCACCGCGCUGAUCCCGUCCAACCGGACCCUCACCUACGCCAAGAACGCCACAGCCGCCGCGGUUCUCUUCAGCUCGCAGGCGACGGCCGGGAGUGACUACACCGCCGUGGUGGCGCGGCAGGCCUUCCUGGAGGACGGCUCGGCCGUGGCCAACCUGACGGUGCCCAUUCUGACGGACAAACUUCCCGAGAUGGACGAAAGCUUCUCGGUCCGCAUUCUGAAGGUGGCCCUUGUCGACACGACCGCGGUGGAGAAGAACCUGCCCACAGUUGGGCAACCGGACAAGGCUGUGGUCACUAUCGGUGUGAAUGGGGACGCCUUUGGGUUGUUCCUCGUCUACAGCCUCAGCCCGAACGCCACGCAGAACGGCCUCCAUCUGGAGGUGAAGGAGGAGCCGGGCCUCUCAGUGCCCCUGGUCAUAGAGAGGAGGGGGGGAAGCCUGGGGCGGGUGACUGUGGAGUGGAGGUCUGUGGGGGGAACGGCUACGCCCGGCAUUGACUUCAGUGGGACUGGAGAAACACUGGUAUUUGAAGAGGGGGUUUUGAAGAAAACCAUUGAGAUAGUGAUUGCAGAUGACUUGGAGCCAGAGGACAGCGAGGCCCUGAUGAUUGGCUUGGUUAAGACGGCAGGGGGCAGCCGGAUCCUGCCCAGCUCGGACAUGGUAACCAUCAUCAUCCUGGCUAGCGACAACGUGGCUGGAGUUGUGGGCUUUCACGCCGCCUCGCUGUCUGUCUUCGCCAGAGAAGGAGAGAGGCUGCACCUCUUGGUGACCAGGACAGCCCCCGGUCUGGGGAACGUCACAGUGGAGUGGGCCGUCCAAGGCCCCCGCGUUGACCAGACCUUCACACGCGUAGCAGGACUUUUGACCUUCACCCAGGGAACACUGAACACCACAAUAGACCUCCAGCUGCUGGAUGACCCUACGCCCGAGGAGAAGGAGGAGUACAAGGUGGUGCUGUCCAACAUCCGUACCUAUGGUGUUGUAGUAACGGGUCAGGCAGCGCUGGACGUACAGAGGCGCCAGGCGGUGGUUACCGUGGAGACAAGUGAUGUUCCAUUUGGGAUGCUGAGCAUCGCCCCUUCCUCCAUGAGCCUGAUCACAGAGGAGCGGGACGUCACUCUGAACAUCUUCAUCAACAGAGAGCCUGGGGCUUCAGGGGCGGUGAAUAUCAGCUACGAGACGGUUCAAGGGUCUCUCCAGGAUCUGUCUCAGGUGGAGGGGGGCGGGGCCCUGGCCGAACCAGGAAAAGACUUUGUCCAUGCAUCUGGCUCAGUGAUCAUUCAGGACGGACAGACCUCUGUGGCCAUCCCGAUCACCAUACUGGAUGACGACAUCCCUGAGUUGCAGGAGUUCUUCCUGGUCAAUGUGACGUCUGCAGUUAUCAUCAGCACCUCGUCAGCUGUUCCUGAACUAGUAGAAGUUGUAUAUUUUACACUGAAAGACACCCACGGUCUAGUGGCAGAAAUCACCAUCGGCGCCAGCGAUGGAGUUCGAGGCGUCAUUGAAUGGACAAACACUAACUUUGAGGUGAACGAGAGCGCGGGCGCGCUGACGCUGGUUGCCUAUCGGAGUGCCGGGACCUACGGCAACGUCUCGCUCCUCUUCUACGCCCAGAACCUGGAGGCUCAGCUGGGCCUGGACUACAAUGCCACCCCCUCGGUGCUCCACUUUGCCAACGGGGAGAGGCAUCAGUUCGUGGAGGUGCAGAUCAUUGACGACGCUGUCCCAGAGGGAGACGAACGGUUCCAGCUGAUCCUGGCGAACCCGUCGUCGGGGCUGGGCCUGGGGGCCAAUACCACAGCGACGGUGAGCAUAAUGGCGAGCGACGACGGGCACGGGGUCAUUUCCUUCAACAGCAGCCAGCCCUUCCUGCUGAGGGAGCCCACGGCAGCGUCGGGGCAGGGGGAGAGCAUGGCAACGCUGUACGUGGUGAGGGACCCGCCCCAGGGCACGUUCGGCAUCGUCACCGUCCAGUUCGCCGUCACAGACGCCAACGGGACGCUGGCGGCGGGCGACCUCAUGCCGUCGCAGGGCACCGUGGUGCUGGAGGAGGGAGUCAGGUUCAAGACUCUGGAGAUCUGGGCGGUUCUGGACGAGGAGCCAGAGGGAAACGAAACGUUCACGGUGACGCUGUCCGGUCCAACGGGAGGGGCGCGGCUCGGGGACUCAGUCCAAGCCCACAUCGCUGUGCUGCAGAACUCUGCCCCGCUGGGGCUCUUCCGCAUCGCCCCCUCCGUCAACAGGACGAGCGGCACGGUGGUGGGGGAGGAGGGUGUUACGGCCGUGUUCCUAACGGUGUCCCGCAGCAACGGCCUGGAGGCAGCGGUCAGUGUGGAGUGGCAAACCAAGCCGGGCACAGCCGUCGCCAUGGAGGGGAGUCUUCCCGUGAUGGCGGUGUUUCAGAUCCUCCCAGAGACCCCCACCUCAGGCUGGUGUUCCCUGCCGGGCGGAGCCUCUGUGGCCUUGAGGCUGGGCAGCCCAUCCCCCGGCAGCUCCACGCAGACCCACGCCACUUUCUACCGGUGGCAGGGGGUUUUGGUGCCUGUACAGUCUGUGAGGAUAGAGAAGCCUGGCGCGUGUGUGGGCUUUUCAGGGAACUCCUCGACCUAUGUGGCCAUCGCCCACGGUGUUCCCCCUGCUGUCAACCUCAGCCUGUUCAGGAUACAGCCAGACCUCAACCUGACACUGGAACAAACGUUGUCUGUUGAAGCGCUUGAUGUCAAAUACUUCUCAGUCGAUGCAAACGACUACAUGAUCGCCUCAAGUCAGGUGUUUGUUCGGACUGGCAGAACCUUCGCUGUUCACCAGAGCCUGGAGCUCCAGGGUGUUCUCAGCGUGUCGCCCUUCUACCAUGGGGCCAGUGCCCACCUGGCUGCCUGCGCGAGGCGAGAGACGGAGGACGGCUGCGUGACGCUCCGGUGGAGCGGAGGACGCUUCCAGGACCCCAGUCCUCUGCCUUUCAGCAGCAGAGCUCGGCGGGUGGAGUCUCUCAACGUGGGAGCCGACACACUCCUGCUGAUCGUCACUGAUGAUUCCUGUGAGGUGUUUUUAUGGGGUAACCAGCAGCAGGUCCCCCAACACAGCCAGUCCAUCCCCCACCCUCACCUGACCUCGGCCCACCUCUUCACCCUGCCCUCAGGAAUCACCCAUGUCCUGCUGGCGGGGAGGAAUGGCUCCUUUCUGUACACCUGGAGGACUGACGUCAGCCUAUUUGCUAUGGUGCUCAGGGCUUCUCCAGCCUCUGCCUUCCUCUAUCUACCACUCCCUUACUUCAACUCCACCAGGAGUCUCUUGGCUGCCAGCGAUUCCUCCGGUUCCACUGUGUACGAGCUCACCUCUGUCUCCAACCGCUCCGACUUCAUUCCCAGCUAUGGUGAGUUGCGUUUCGCGCCUGGCGACCGGGAGUUGGAGAUUGCGGUGAGUGUCGUUGACGACGACGUCCCAGAGGAGAAAGAAGAGUUCCAGGUGGUUCUGAAGAAUCCCAAGGGGGGGGCUGAAAUUGGCUUUGGUGGUCAGGUGACCGUGCUUAUUCCAGCCAACGAUGACGCCCAUGGGAUCAUAGGCUUCGCUCAGGCCUCUCUGUCCGUGGAGGUGGAGGAGUUGGCCCAGGCUAACACCAUCUCUCUAAGUGUUGAGAGGAGGAGAGGGACCUUCGGGAGACUGACCGUCCACUGGGCGGCCAACGGCAGCCUGGAAGACAUCUUCCCCGCCUCAGGAGUGGUGACGUUUUCAGAGGGCCAGGUGAAGGCUGCCGUCUCUCUGUCUGUGCUGGCGGACAACGUCCCGGAGCUGACCGAGAGGGUGUCCAUUACCCUCGUGGAUGUCAUCACGGUGGGCAUAGACCAGCCCUCCACGGGGGCGCGGAUCGACUCCCAGAGGUCGCGGGCCCUUCUCACCAUUCUGCCCAAUGGCUCGCCCUACGGUGUGAUAGGCUGGCACCCAGACUCACAGUUCCUCUUCCCUCAGGAGCCCCAGAGGAGUCCCACGAACAUCACCCUGACCAUCGUGAGGGAGCAGGGCGCGACCGGGGAGGUGGCUGUACACUACCAGACCGUGCCGGCCCUGUCCAAACCGCCCUCCAAUCAGGCCAGCUCCUUACAGGACUACACGCCCCGGGACGAGACGGUCUUCAUGAAGGAGAACACCACCCUGGCCCUCAUCACCAUCACCAUCCUACCGGACGAAGCCCCGGAGCUGGCAGAGAGUUUCCUGGUGAACAUCACGGGCGUGCAGCUGGCGGGCGGGUUGACUGGCGCGGGCAAGCCCAGCCUGAAGAGGCCCGGCAUGGAGGUGGCCGAGGUCACCAUCCAGGAGAACAAUGACCCACGAGGGGUCCUGCAGUUCAACGUAACCCAGGAAGAGUCCGGCGGGGUUCUGGCCCAUGAGGUACCCCCCCCUCGGAACCUCCUCCGACUACGAGUGGUGCGAUUGGCUGGCAGGACUGGGAGGGUGGUGGUGUACUGGGAGGCUCGGCCAAUCACUGCCAGUCUCGAUGAUUUCAGUCCUUCUUCUGGGAAUAUUACCUUCCAAGACGGCCAGGGAGAGGCUGUAAUAGACAUCAGCAUUGUGGAUGACACAGAGGUGGAGCCUGUGGAGCGCUUCAGUGUCACUCUAAUGCAUGUGAUUGGUGGAGCCAGGCUGGGGGCGGAGACCUCUGUGACCAUCGCCAUCCCCCCCAAUGAUUCGCCACUGGGCAGCUUCAGCUUUCAGGAGCAGACUGUCAAUGUGACCGAGCCAAAGUUCACCAGUGACCCGGCUGCCAUGGCAACACUUACGGUGGUGCGCAGCGCGGGAGGCAUGGGGGCGGUGACUUUGGUGUGGGGCCUUGAGGCUACCGCCCGGGACGACCUUUCACCUCUUAAUGGAACACUGGUCUUCAGUGAGAAUGAGUCCAGAAAGACGUUUGGGAUCCGGGCUGUGGCAGAUGCUGUGUUAGAAGGAGACGAGAGCUUCAUGGUCCAGCUCCUGGCUGCCAACAGUGGGGCGGUCAUCGACCCCGUUAACGGGGUCGCCACCAUCACCAUCCUGGGAGACAGUGCAGCUCUGGGAGUGGUGGGCAUCGCUGAGGCAUCCCGGAACAUUCUCGUCGGAGAACCUCAGGGGGACUACAACGGUACUGCUCUGGUCAGCCUUGUACGAAGCUCAGGCAUCUUCGGACAGAUCCAGGUGUUCUGGAAGAUCUCUCCUGCUGUGGCCUCUGAGUUUGAGGAGCUGUCUGGGGUGGUGAUCAUGAGCGGAGCCCAGUCUGGUGCCACCAUCCUCCUCAAGGUGCUGGACGAUGACAUAGCAGAAGAACGGAGUUUGUACCAACUGACCCUGACCUCAGUCACGGCCGGAGCGGAAGUCAGCCCAACGGCCCAGCGGGCGGCCAUCACCGUGGCGGCCAGUGACUUCCCUUAUGGCCUUUUCUCCUUCCCCCAGGGCCUGGUCAGGGCCUCUGAGGAGGAGGGCAAGGUCAGCGUGACUGUGGUACGCUCCAGGGGGACCCUUGGGAGCGUGUGGGUAUCCUACCAGACAGUGGGCGGAGCGGCUGUCAGCGGUCUGGACUUCACCAGGGCCUCGGGGCGGCUGCUGUUCGGCCCGGGCCAAAUCGCACGCAACGUCACACUGAGUAUCCACGACGACGACCUCCCAGAAGGACCGGAGGAGUUCUACCUGAAUGUCACGGCCGUGGAACUGCUCAACGACAGCAAUGUGGACUUCAGUGUGAGGGAGCACGGCCUGCAACGGGACCAGCCUCCAGCCAUUGGCAACAUCUCCUCGGUCACCAUCGUUAUCCAGAAGAAUGACAACGCAGAGGGCGUCCUGGAGUUCUCCGCUAACUUUGUCAACAUCACAGUGGAGGAGGAUGUGGGCGCUGUGUUUAUCCCCGUUGUGAGGAGGGUGGGGUCCUAUGGUCUGGUCACAGUCGACUACAUCUCCAGGGGUCUGACGGCCAGACCUGGUCUUGACUACAGCCUGGCUAACGGCUCGCUGACCUUCCUCCAUGGCUACAACCUUAGCUACAUCAAUGUGACUAUCAUAGACGAUCAGGACAGUGAGUAUGCUGAGGUGUUUGAGGUCCAGCUGUCUGGCGCCACUGGAGGAUCAAUACUCGGUACUCAUCUGGUGGCCAGGGUUACCAUCGCCAAGAGUGACUCACCCAGCGGUGUGGUCCGUUUCCUGAACAACAGCGCGAUCACCCUGGAGAACCCCAACAACACAAUGAGGCUCAGUCUGCUCCUGGAGAGGGUGGGUGGGCUGGCGGGAAAUGCUACGAUUACAUGGAGCAUUCUGGGUCCCAACACCAAGGAGCCUUUGCCAACCAUGAACACAGACAUUGGUGAACCUGUGAACGGAUCGUUCCAUUUCAGAGAUGGGGAGGGGGGAUUGCGUGUCAUUGACCUGAAGAUUCUCCCCCAUGGGGAGGUGGAAGUGGCUGAGGCCUUCGUUGUCAUCCUUACGCACCUGUCAGGUGACAUGGACAUUGACCCCAGAGCUGGAUCAGUCACACUCCAGAUUGAAAAGUUUGGAGACCCUAAUGGCAUUGUGCAGUUCAGGGACGAGGACCUUAGGGAGCGCGUGUACAGUGAGCCCACAGACAGCGACGGUCCUCUCAACAUCUCCCUCCUCGUCAUCCGCAGGGAGGGCGUCAUGGGCAAUGUUACGGUGUACUGGCAGAUCCUGAGCGACUCUGACACAGCGGGGGACCUCUCCGCCCUCCGCGGCUCAGUGGUCAUCCUGGAGGGCCAGAGGGAGGCGGCGUUGCUCCUCACCCUGCUGCCGGACGCCGUUCCCGAGCUGGAGGAGAUCUACGUGCUGAGGCUGACCUCCGUGGUCGGGGGCGCCACCCUGGACCCCAGCCGCAGCGUCACCCGCGUGAGGGUGCGCGCCAACGACGAGCCGCACGGCGUGUUUGGCCUGAGGGCAGAGCAGCAGGUGGUGGUGGUGUUGGGGGCGGGCAGAUGGCUGAGCCUGAAUUUGACGCGGCAUGCCGGGGGCUUUGGCAACGCCAGCGUGAGCUACCGGAUCAGUACCAGGCCCGGGCUGGAUGUACAGGGCCUGCUGGGCGAGGCGGCUGUGGGGAGCGUGCUGGUCAGGGAUGGCCAGGACUCAGCCUCUGUCUCUGUGUUAAUCAGCAGUCAGGUGUUUCUGUCGGUGGGGGAAAACUUCACCGUGGAGCUAACCAACGUGACCCUGCUGGGACCUCUCCUCAGCUCCCCGCCGCGCAUCCUGUUGGAGGCCGGUGUCGCCGUGGUUACCGUCCCAGAAGAAGCAGCCAAUGCUGAGGUGGGCUUCACCUCACUGGCGCUGCGGGUCUCCAGUGUGGAGACCGGUGAGUGUGAGGCGCUGGUCUCCAGGUCAGGGCUGUUUGGUGGGGUGAAAGUGGAGUGGAGCGCAGGAUACCCGCCUGGACAGACUCCAAUAGGAUUCAGGCCUGGAGACGUCUCCCCUAGUUCUGGCUUUGUGACCCUGGCCCAUGGAGAGAGGAGCAGGGCUGUGGUCCUCCGGGCUCUCCCUGAUGUGUCUGAGCCAGCAGCAUUCGCCCUCCACAUCACCGCAGCCAGCUCCAGCUCCCCUUCCCCGGGGGUUGUGAGACUCAGGUCAGGGUUCACAACAGCAGAGAUUGAACCCCUGGGGUUGUACCAGUUUUCCCUGGACUCCCGCCAGCGGGAAAUGGAGGAAGACAAGCAGAUCAUAACCCUCUACAUCCAGCGUCUCUACGGCUUCCGUAGCAACCGUACCCGUCUGUCCUACGAAACAUCAUCGGGCAGUGCCCUGGCAGGACAGGACUUCACCGCUGUGCGGGAUGGAGAGCUGUUCUUUGACUCACCCCACCAGAUCUCCGCCCCGCUCCACCUGUCCGUUCUGGACGAUUCGCUCUCAGAGCCAGACGAAACGUUCUAUGUCAACCUGACCGCCGUCCUGGCGCUGAAUGGCGGCGGUUAUGCCCCGGCGGGCGAUGCCGGGCCCCGCCUCAUCCCUCAGCACAGCGUGGCCAGCAUCACCAUCCUAGCCAGUGAUGUAACCGGGGGCGUUCUGAGUAUCGGGCCGGCCCUGGUGGAGGUGGCGGAGGACAGAGAGGAGGAAGGCCAGCAGGACAGGAGGAUCCACCUCAGGGUACGGAGGUCCGACAGUCUCGGAGGCGUCGUCAGGGUCAGGGUCCAGGCAUAUGGGGGCGGGAGUGUCGGGGGCGCCUCUGUCCCGUUCACUCUAGAACCCAACAGGACCCUGGCCCUGGAAGGUCAAGACUUCCGCCUGGAGUCCACCCUGGUGUCACUGCAGGACGGGCAGAGUGAGGCCGAGGUCAGCCUCCUCAUCGUGGACGACUCGGAGCCCGAGGGGCAGGAGGCGUUCUUCGUUUACCUCAGCGAACCAGAAGGAGGGGCGCAAAUAGCAGACAGGCCUGACCAACAGGGGAACAGUUUCUUUACCAAAAUCAUAAUUUUAGGGAGUGAUUUUCAUAACGGGAUAGUGGGUUUCAGUGUGAGUUCUGUCACGGGUCAGGUUCUGGACGAGGACUCUGAAGUGAACAGAACAGCCCUGCUCUACCUACAAAGACAAGAGGACCGGGCCUUCGAGGACGUUGAGGUGAUGUGGCGAGCCACGUUCAGCAGGACCGAGGCGUCUCUGGUCCGCGACGGGGUCGACCUGACGCGGGAGCUGCUGCUGACCUCCGGCACCGUGCUCUGCAGGAAGGGCCAGGUCCUGUGUGGCCUCACCAUGGAGGUCCGACAGGACAAGGAACCAGAGUACGAGGCCUGGUUCCUGGUUGAGAUCUACCGGGUUGGGCUUGGCGCUGCAAUCAACGAGAGUGCCCGUUUUGCCAACAUCAGCAUGCUGGAGAGUGACGACCCGCGGGGGGUGGUCUACUUUGCUGUGGGUUCCAGACUGCCUGUGGUACACGUCAAGACCGCCCGUCUCAGCCUGCAGGUGUACCGAGAGGCCAGCACAGCCUCCGCUAUCACCGUACGCUACCGCAUGCUGGAGCUCCCUCGGGCUGAGGCAGUAGGCCCCACUCUGGUCUGGCCCGCGGUAGCCGGGAUGGACUUCCUGAAAGAAGAGGGCCAGUUGACCUUUGACCUGGGUCAGAGAAGCACCGGGCUGGACGUCACCCUCACGCCGGCCCUGGCCUCGUCCAAUCCGACGCCCAAGCGGUUCCGGGUGGAGCUGUACGAGGCCAGCGGAGGCUCCCGGGUGCACCCUGAAUACGGUCUGGCCAACGUGACCGUGGUGUCGGACGGCGAGACGCAGGCCGUGUGGGCCCUGUUGGACCAGCUCCAGCAGCCUCUGGACAGCACCAUACUGGACAGGUUGCUCCACGCCAUGAUCAACAAGGCCACAGGCCAGCUCACACCGGAACAACUUACCGCAGUGCUGGACGCCACAGGGAAGGUGCUUAGGGAGGCAGAGCAGACCCCACUUGCAAACAGCAGCAGGGGAUUGACCUACGACCUCCUGUGCGCAUUGGCUAACCCCAGCCGUGCUGACAUGCGGGGCCUGAGCCAACUUGCAGAGGUUGCAGAGCGCUUUGCCUUCUCCCUCCUCACAGACGUCCAGUGUGGAGCACAAGGUCAAAGGGGGAGGACCAUCCUGGACACAUGUGCCUACAUUUCCAUCUCAGCCUUCCACUGGUAUCCAACCCAGAUCAACGGACACACGUUCACUGGCAAGAAUUCCGAUACCUUCCAGUUGCCAGAGACCCUCCUGGAGGUGCCAGCCCUGCCCCCCGGCACCAUCGCUCCCUCAGCAUGUCGCCAGUUGCAGCUCACAGAAUACAGCACAGAGCACUGGUUCCUCACCAAUGACCAAAGAACCGCCCUCAACGGGAAGGUGUUCUCUGCCAGCCUGCGGGGUCGUGGGUCACAACCUCUGACUGAGGGCAAUGAGGUUGUGUAUCGUAUCCACACUUCCGGGCCAAGGGUCAAACCUGGCCAGUCCUUGUGCCUUCUGUGGAACCAGGCUGCUGAGAGCUGGCUGUCAGACAGGAAGUUCUGCCGAGUGGUGGAGGACAGUGGGACCCACGUGGAGUGUGCCUGCUCCCACCUGUCUGUGUACACGGCCCGGGCUGAGAUGGCUGCCUUGGCCUCUUACAAUGAGGCCUUCUACGCCUCCGGCUUCAUCUGCAUCUCAGGGUUGACCUUGGCCAUUGUGUCCCAUCUGCUGUGCUCCCGCUUCCCCAUGUUUGCUGCCAAACUGCUUAUUCACAUGAUGGUCGGCUGCCUCGGAACCCAGGUGUGCUUCCUGGUGUCUGUGUUUCGGGGUCGUGUCCUAACGGAGGACAGCUGUGCCGUUCUGGGCCUGUUCUCACACUACUUUCACCUCAGCCAGUUCAGCUGGAUGCUCAUCCAGGCUGUAAACUUCUGGCAGGUGUUGGUGAUGAAUGACGAGCACACGGACAGACGGUACCUGGUGUACUUCCUGCUGGGCUGGGGGCUUCCUGCCCUGGUUGUCAUCAUCCUGGUGGUCGUGCUGCUGGGGGGCUUCGGCUGGACCAUACACAAUGUCUACGGCCUGGUGCACGGAGACAUGUGUUUCAUUCCUAACAUCUAUGCGGCCCUGUCCACAGCAGUUCUGGUGCCUCUUAUCUGCCUGGUUGGGGUCCUGGUGGUGUUCAUCCAUGCCUACCAGGUCACGCAGCAGUGGAAGGCCUACGAUGAUGUUUAUCGUGGGCGCACUAACAGCUCAGAGGUGCCCAUGGUGCUCUACCUGUUUGCCCUUGUGACCUUGGUGUGGCUGUGGGCGGGGCUUCAUAUGGGAUACAGAUACCAGUGGAUGCUCAUCCUCUACGUCAUCUUCAACCUCCUGCUGGGCCUCUAUGUGUUCGCGGUCUACUUCCUGAUGCACAACCAUGUGUGUUGGCCAGCAAAAGCCAGCUACACGGUGGAGAUGAACGGGCACGGCGGCCCAGACUCGGGGUACCAGGGAGGGGGCAGCACCACAAUAGGAGGGGAGAUCAACAAGUCCACACAGAACCUCAUCAGUGCCAUGGAGGAGGUGUCUGCCGACUGGGAGCGUGCGUCCCUGCGUCCGGACAGCCAACCCAGCAGCGUGUUCAAACAGAGCCCCCCUAGCGGAGCCAACGGGGGCUUCAUCAACACGGACCUGGUGGCCGACGAGGAGUCCCAGGAGUUCGAUGACCUCAUAUUUGCCUUAAAGACGGGAUCGGGCCUUAACAUCAGCGACAACGAGUCGAUCCAGGGGAGUCAUGACGACGGUAGCACGGCCAACUCCCAGAUCGUGGAGCUAAGACGCAUCCCCAUUGCCGACACGCACCUCUAAUCCAGACGCGGUUUUAUACCACAAAGAAAAACACUACAAUAUUUUUAUAUUUCUACCGCCUUUGCACUAAAACAUCAACUUUUUUAAUAGAAGAGUUUUUCGUUAGUCCCCCAUUUGAUGUCACGAAAUCUGUUGCUGUUUUUAUGUGUUUUUAUAUAUAUGAAUAUGUAUAACUGUUUUACUAAAUUAAUGUGUGAAUGUCCUUGACAGCGUUUUUGAAGCUGAUUUAGAUCUAUCCUGGAUGUAAAUGUUGUUUUAUAGUUUUAGGACACAAGCCAGCACCCUCAAACCUUCUAAGGUUUCUGUAACUUUGUUAAUAAAUAUUUCAACAGCUAUUUUA